GGGCUCGAGCGGGCGGGCGGGCGAGGCGGGCUGGCUGGUCGCGCGGCUGUGCGGCGUCCGAGAAGUGAGCGGCGGCGGACUCGCGUCAACUUUGGAGUGACCGAGUGACCCCCCCACCCCCAAAAGUGACGCAACUCGCCUCUCUGCACUCCGCGCGUCAUUUCGCACAAACCAAAAGGCGAAAAAGAAAAAAAAAAAAACCCAAAACCAGGACAAGGCGGAGGGAGGCAAGCUUCUGCCGCACAGGCCGUUUGUUGAUUUCUUCAGUUUUCCUUGCCAAGACUCGCGAUGGCCGCGCUGUCAGUCGCCUUGUUGGUGCUGCUGGGAUUCGUCGCCACUUCAGCCGCCCAGGCUGGCGAAGAUGAUCGAGAAGAUGCCCUGACGCGCCGUCUGAAGGAAUACGGCCUGGUCACGCCUUUCAGCACCGACGCCCACGGGCGCUUCCUGUCCCACCUGCUGUCGGCCAGCCACAAGCAGCGAGUCAGGAGGGAGGCGUCCGCCGCGCCGCCGCCGGCCCCCCUGUCGGAUCGGCUCUACUUCAACAUCAGCGCCUUUGGCAAGGAGUUCCAUCUGCGGCUGCGGCCCAACCGCCGGCUGGUGGCCCCGGGGGCCACGGUGGAAUGGCACGACGAGCGGGGCACGGGCACCGCCGGCGGAGCUUCCCCGCCGCUCACGGACCGGACCGGAUCCCGCCGCGGCGCCGCGAGGAUCGGCUCGCUCGAGACGGACUGCGCCUUUGUGGGCGACAUCGCGGACGUCCCCGGGGCCUCGGUCGCCAUGAGCAACUGCGACGGCCUGGCCGGCAUGAUCCGGACGGACGCGGAGGAGUAUUUCAUCGAACCUCUGGAGAGGGGCGCCCGGGAGCUGGAGGAGCGGGGCCGAGUCCACGUGGUCUACCGCAGGUCGGCCGUGCGGCGGGGCCCGUCCCGCGGCGCGCCAGAAGCGGAGUUGCCAGAUGUUCCCGGGACUCUCGAUACGCUUGCCAGGCGGCUCAACGACACGGUCCGGCAGCGGCGCCGCCGCCGCGACGCCGGCGACAAUGACUACAACAUCGAAAUCCUGCUGGGAGCGGACGACUCGGUGGUUCGAUUCCACGGGAAGGAACACGUGCAGAAUUACCUCCUCACGCUCAUGAAUAUCGUCAACGAGAUUUACCAUGACGAGUCCCUGGGGGUCCACAUCAACGUGGUCCUCGUCAGGAUGAUCAUGCUGGGCUACGCCAAGUCCAUCAGCCUCAUCGAAAGAGGCAACCCGUCCCGCAGCUUGGAAAACGUAUGCCGCUGGGCCUUCGGCCAGCAGAAGGGCGACGCCGACCACGCCGAGCACCACGACCACGCCAUCUUCCUCACUCGCCAAGGCUUCGGCCCCACGGGGAUGCAAGGUUACGCCCCCGUGACGGGAAUGUGCCACCCGGUCCGGAGCUGCACCCUCAACCACGAAGACGGCUUCUCCUCCGCCUUUGUGGUGGCUCACGAGACGGGCCACGUGUUGGGCAUGGAGCACGACGGCCAAGGCAACCGCUGCGGCGACGAGACCGCGAUGGGCAGCGUCAUGGCUCCUCUGGUGCAGGCGGCCUUCCACCGCUACCACUGGUCCAUGUGCAGCGGGCAAGAACUCAAGCGCUACAUCCACACGUACGACUGCCUGCUGGACGACCCCUUCAAGCAGGACUGGCCGCAGCUUCCCGAGCUGCCCGGGAUCAACUACUCCAUGGACGAGCAGUGCCGCUUUGACUUCGGCGUGGGCUACAAGAUCUGCACUUCGGUGAGGGGCACCCGAGCGCUCGCGGCCGCGCCUCGGCCGACGUCGCUUUGCUCGUUUGAGGACAUCCUCGGAGCCGCGCGUGGCGAGCGAGUAUACGCGGG